ACGUGUUACGUGUUUUCGUUUCGCGAUUUUUUCGAUAAACCUAUGCCAUAAAAAUAAUACGUCGGUCCGCCUCGAAACGUUUUAUUUUAAACGGCGCGAUAAUAAUUAAUUGCCUUUCCUGUACGUCGCGAAACCCGCACAGGUCCGCGGGGCUCGGUUUGUCCGCCGUGCACAUGAUACACAUCUCAUUCGUUAAAGUCGUUUUUGUUUCGGUUCGUGUGAUUUUUAACAGCUACGCGUUUGUGCGAUUCGAGCGGUAACAAAUUAUGACGUAACAACAAUGUAAAAACAUAGGUAAUCGUCCAAACGGUGUAUAAUAAUUUUAAGUGCGUACAGUGCGCGAACGAACGGCCAAGUUUAGCGGCCGUCAGUGUGACAUGUAUCAUUAUCAUAGGCGUAGGUAGUGAAAGAAACGCCGCAGAAAUGUGAUCGGGCGCGGGCGCAUCGUUUCGCCUUUUCCGCCGCACACGCACGCCGUAAUCGCACAAUAUAAUAUAUAAUAUUAAUACGUUAUAUGGAUCGUUGCGAUGGCUUAUGUCGUUUGGCGAGUGUUGCGGAAGAAGUAUCUCAAAGUCAGGAGCGGAGUCACUCUGAACGGUUUGGUGACCACCGAGAGCAUCACCGCCGAAGCGGAUUCUCCGAGUCCCACGUCGGCGACGACGACGGCCAUGACCGUGACUGGCGCAGCGGUCGGCCAUUUUUACCGACAGUUCUCGAAGAAGAACAAGAAGAACGUCGACAAAAAGAACAACAACAACAACAACAACAACAACGGCGACAACAACAACAGCAACAGCAAAAAAACACAUCGUCAGAACUGCGACGACGCGUCCGUCGCCGAAGCGGUGGCCACGUCGACGUCCACGACCGCAGCCGCCGACGCCGCUGUCCGCGUCACCGACGAUACCGAUGCGGCCGCUUCUGAGAGUGCCGCCGAACGCGUCGCGGACAGGCCGGCCGCGGCCGCGCCGCACAACCCGCGACUCCGGCCGGCCCAAUUGGGCCAGGCGGUGGACGCGCCGCCGUGGCUGGUGGCCGACCACUUCGUCACCGAACACGUCGUACACGAACACGUGUCCGUGGUGCCGGAACCGGAUCACGCGGACCCGGUGCCGGACGAACACGCCGCCCCGUCGCAGUCGGGACCCGCGACGGCCGUCUGCGGCAAAAGCCCGGCGGCGGCCGCGUCGUCGUGCGCGCACGAUCCUCGACAGAAACUAUUUACUGUUCAACAACUCGUCGACGAGUUUAUUGGUCCAUACUAUGUAAAUUAUAGCGAAACACGUGCAGUUCUCGUGAGACAAGCAAAACAGUUGCUGACAAAUGUAUAUCAAGAUGAUGUCGCUAACUUUCAUGGGUGUUUUUGUGUGCCAGUCAGCGAAAUUCUCAAAAAAGUCGUUGAAACGUUCAGAAAAUAUCAGUGUUGCGAUGUUUGGGCAGGGUGGCCGCUUAGCCACGGUCAGCGGGGUGUACUGACUCAUCUGGUGGCGCCAAUCGGUUGCUGCUCGGGUGGUGCACCGCCGUCUGACGCGUACCUGUCGCUGGACGUUGCCAGUGCUGGGUUGACGGUGAAUUGGGUGGGCUCGGGUGCCCGGCUCCGGAGUAGACUGUCCACCGAUACCGCAGCCAUGCUGGCCGGUGACCUGCAACAGUUGAGCGCCACGCUUAAACACCUGGUGGCAGUGGUCGACAGGUCGGUGCACAGGGUACCGCUCGACCGGAUACCGUACCCUUGUUAUGGUUGUCAAGACCGGAUGUGCCAGUCUCCAACGCGACGUUCGCGACAGACCUAUGCCACCGACAACGAUGACCACACAAAGGCCGUCGUGCAGCAGCAGCACAACAACGGCGGCAGCGUGUACGACGACGCCGACAACUCUAUACCACACAUCGACUCUGACCCGGAGGACUCAUCGACUCAAGACAAACCCUACCCGCCGGUUGACAACGAUGGCAUAACAUCUAUGAUACACCACCAAAAGCAAUCACAGCAGUCCAUCAGAGUACCAAAAUCCAUUUGUGACCUAUCGGAAGACGUUCUCAUAUCGGGAAUACAAUUUCCAGGGGCCGUGGACCGACAGGGUAAUGCGGUAAUAUUAUGGGUCGAAGGACAGUCUGGGCAUAAUUCGGAAACAAUGUCAGACGUGAAUGCAGCUGAGCUUAUUUUGUACUACGCAUCUCUGAGAAACAGAAACGAAAGGAACUCGUCGUUGACCAUUUUGGUACAUGAGAACAGCUGCACUAGCAUAGAAUUCGUUGAUUGUGUGCUGGAACUGAUAAAGCAUCAAGUUUCCGUGGACAAAGUAAUUUUUUGCACAAAGCGACACGCAGAAGGAAACCGACUAAAAUACAGCCAAAUUCGGUGUUACGCCGUCAAUUCGUACAACGGGCUUCUAGAGUUCUUUGAAGACAGUCAGAUUCCGUCGGCUUGUGGAGGCUCAUAUGCACACAGCCAACUUGAAUGGAUUGAUUUCUAUAAGGAAUCGGAGAGACUGACAUAUUUGAGUCAGACUGCCGGAAACCGACUAGUGACAGCCAUUGCGGAUAUGGGAAACGUGCAACAAGAACGCAAUGCAAUAUCCAAGUUCUUGGACGACUCAGAUAUUAAAAAUUUACUUCAAGAUGCUAGACAGAGCAUGGAAAUACUCGAACAACAUGCACGCUGGUUGAACGAAAAUAGAUUUGUGAUGUCGAGUUUCGAGGAUGUGAAGAAGUUUCACAGUGAAGUUGAAGGUGCCGCGGUUCGGUUGGAAGAAUUGUUAUUGCAGAAGAAAAAAAAAAUAAUGCAAGCAGCUAGAGUUAACGCUUUAGAGGUUGAAACUCACGAGGUUCUCUCGUGGCUGACCAACAAAGGAGAACACGCGUUAGUUCAACAUGCUGAUUUGGCCAACAGUCUGCCGGCCAUUCGGCAACAAGAACAAGACUUUGAAAAAUUUUAUUUCGUCUCCAUGCAAAAUCUCGAUAAAGCCGGAGAUUUGUUGGAAGAAGCAGGCCAGUGCAGCAAUGGCACCAGUCUAAAAGACCUGGCCAAAUCUCUAAAGCAGCAUCUGAGAGGUUUUAGUGAUCGACUUGAAGAGACUCGUGAAAGACUCGAAGAUACAUCACGAUGUUUUUACUUACUCGAUAAGGCUUACGAUUGGGCUUUAGAAUGUAUGAAGUACAUAUCUGAAAAGCACGAUACACGUAACGUUAAAGAGUUGCGAAGAUACUUAAUGGCACAUCCAUCUCCCACUGCUCAACACUUCUCGGAGAUGAUGAUGUUGGCCAACAAGCUCAACAAUGAUAAACUAAUCAAACAGUGCAAGGUGGCCAUGGUAAGAUGCGAAGAGACCAACGACCAACUGAAGCACCUGUUAGGUCCGGAAACAUUCCCUACUAGUACUCCCCUGCCACCCAGAAGGACAUCCGCACCAGAGCACCAUGCAACAAAUGGUAACUCGACGGCGGACAACCACCAUUGUGGCUGGGUAGGCGCUACUGAAGAAAACUUUUAUUGCGAGACAGACCGGCUCGCGCUCAGUCACAUCCCGUCUGCCAAUUGGACUUACAAUGAUGAAGAAGACGAGGAAAAACUGAGCUGCUCUCACACGACUGAAGGGAGUGAUGAAAAUAAAAGCAAUGAAGAAAGCGACGACACUAAUUGUCCCGAUCUCGGUUGCAGCAAAAAUCAAAGUCUACCACCUUUGUCCGUCAACAGUCAUCUGCACCACAUGUCCAACCUACAGUUAAAUAUGGAUUGUGGCACGCAGACCCUAAAGUUACAAAAAACCGUCAAGCUGAUCAUGAGAGAAAUGAUACAGACAGAGCGGGAUUAUGUAAAGUCACUGGAAUACGUUAUAGAGAACUACGUUCCAAUGCUGCUCAACGAAGAUAUACCGCAAGCUCUGCGCGGCCAGCGCAACGUUAUUUUCGGUAACAUCGAGAAGAUCUACGAGUUUCACAGCCAACACUUCCUCAAGGAGCUGGAAAGACACGAAAACUGCCCAUUGCAAGUGGGAGAAUCUUUUCUAAAACACGAAAAGAAAUUUUACUUGUACGCGCUAUACAACAAGAACAAACCGAAUUCGGAUUCGCUGAUGUCCGAGUAUGGUUCUGCAUUCUUUAAGGCAAAACAAUUGGAACUCCGCGACCGAAUGGACUUGGCCAGUUACUUGUUGAAGCCCGUGCAGAGGAUGGGCAAGUAUGCACUGCUGUUGCAGCAGCUCAUGAAGAUGGCUAAAGGUGAUACAGAACACCUCCGGCAAGCUGAGAGCAUGGUCAGGUUCCAGUUGCGACACGGCAACGAUCUGCUGGCCAUGGACUCGCUCCGGGAGUGCGAUGUCAACCUUAAGGAGCAGGGCCGACUUUUGCGGCAGAACGAGUUCCUCGUGUGGCAGGGCAAAGGAAAAAAGUGCCUGCGUCAAGUAUUCCUGUUCGAGGAACUCAUACUGUUUAGCAAGGCUAGACGAUUCCCCGACCAAACGAAUCUGGACUUGUACGUGUACAAGAACAGUAUAAAAACCAGUGACAUCGGGUUCACUGCCAAAGUCGGCGACAGCAACACGAAAUUCGAAAUAUGGUUCCGAAAACGCAAGCCGGGCGACACGUACACGUUGGUGUCCAUGUCCGAAGACAUCAAACAGUCGUGGACCGAUGAGCUGUCCAACUUGCUGUGGAAACAGGCGCUACGAAACAGAGAGGUUAGGCUGGCGGAAAUGUCUUCUAUGGGAAUUGGCAACAAACCCUGUUUGGACAUCCGGCCGAGUGCGGAUCAAAUCAACGAUCGAUCCAUCACGUUCGCGCAGCUCAGUAAAACUGCCCCACGGUUCCGGAACUCGAUAGUGGCUUUGCCCUCGGACCUAGAUUCGAUCACCAAGCGACCGCACUCGAUCAUAUCAGUGAGCAGCAGUAGCGCCGGCAGCAGCAACAGCAGCAGCGGAAGCAGCAGCAGUGGAGCGAGCUGUCGGAGCAGCGAGGGCGCCCGGCAGACCAGUCAGUGUUCCAGUCAGUCGACCGAGAGCGGCAUAGUGGCCGACUGGUACAGCCGGAACAGUCACUCGGGCAGCGUGGCCUCGGACACGCUGUCGUCCCCGUCCGGCGGCGGUAACAACAACAACAACAACAACAACGGAAAGAGCAGCUCGACGGCCAAGUCGUCGGCCACCGCGACCACUGCCACCGCGUCGGACUCGACGGCCGCCGCUCGGCUGUCGGUCAAACUGUAAAAGGACGACGAUGAGCAUCAGAGACAGACAGACAGACACUUACUAAAUAUAUAUUAUGAUAACGUUUUGUGUGUGUGUGUGCAAACGAUUGUAAUAUUAUUAAAUGGGUUUUAAGUUUUUUUUUUUUUUAAAAAUCGUAUUCCCAAAGGAAAUCAAUAGUUACCGGAUCAAUCCACAUCAUUAUAUUUUUGUUUCGUCUUCGCCUAUAUAUUCUCGCAGACGCUCUCUGCGAGAAACUCCGUUGUUAUUAUUAUUUUUUUAUUUUAGUUUUUUAUCUUUAACAAAAAACGAUUUUGAAUAUAUUCUAUAUAAUAUUAUUGUCAUUAUUCACCGUCACGACGACGACGAUGAUGAUAUUAUAUAUUAUAGUCUAGUUAUUUACGCGUAGAUACGUACCUUUGAUUGUUUAAGGUUUAUUUAAGAUAAAUAUUUAUUGUUAUUAUUAUUAUUAUUAUUACGAUUAUUGCUGUAUAAUCGGCACAGGCGUGUAUCGGACUGAAAGAAGCUAAAAAGAGACUAGUUUUGGGCCCGAUAUAUGGUCUGUGUAUUGUGUAAUAGAUGUAUUUAAGUAUUUUAUGUGUUGAGAGAUAAUCUAGACCACGGCGCCUAAUAUUAUUAUUAUUAUUAUUAUGUUUCUAUUAGAUAUAUGUCCACACAAACGUAUGGACGUAUAUGUAUACUCAAAAAUAGAUCUCCUUCGACUUUCUUACUUGAACCUAUCCUCAGAGAUCGAAAUAAUGUGUGUUUUACUUAAAUUUUCAAUAUUUUUAUCAUAACAUCAAUAAAAUAAUAUUUUUUGCUCAAAUUCAACGUAAAUCAUAAUCACCCCAACGUAACGAUUUUUCAAACAGUUCCAAAAAAAAAAAAAAUAUAAUUUGCAUGUGUGUAUGUUUAAUUAUAUAAUAUAUAUUAUGAACAAUUAGUAGCAUAUUUAGACUAUUUAAUACUUAAACGUAAAUUGUUUUAAAUAUAAACUGUUUUUAAUAAAAAAAAAAAAAAAAAAAAAAAUUCUUAUGAAGAACUCUAAAUGUAUUUGGUAUUCAUUUAUUAUUUUUUUUUCAUGAAAUAUAGAUGAUGAUCUUUUCGAACUAGACGUUCUUCAACUAACGGCGUUAAAAUUUAACAGUUUAUAUAUAAAAUGUUUUCAUUUAAGGAAUAUGAAUGUUUGUUGUGCAUUUCUUUUUUAGUUUUAUAUAUUAUAUUAGACUAUCAUAAGAUAGUAAUAUAUCUAUGUAGUACCUAUUUAUUUAUUUAUUUUUUUAUUAAUUCGACAAUUAAUUAUUAAUGACAAAAACAAAGUUUUCACGUGUAAAAUAAUACAAUCUGUUUUGACUAAAAAGCUGCACUCGAUUAUAUUUAGAUAUAUUGCAUAUUAUUAUAAUCAUGUACUUAUUAGUAUAUUUAGUGUGUACUAAAAAAAAAGUUUUCAAUAAUUUUAAUUUGUGAAUUUUUUUCUUUUUCUUUUUUUUUCUAAAUGUAGCCCGCUUAAAAGUAUUUAAGUAAGUUUGAAUGAUUUUACUCAUAAAUGUAACUUUAAUAAUCAUAAUUUUUUGUUAGGCGUACUACAGAACUGAUUUUACAGGGUGUCAUUUUACGGCAUUAUAGAAAUGCCGGCAUUAAAAUUGUCUAUUAAAAAUAAAUUCUAAUUUAAAAAAUAUAUAAAUAAAAUGUUAUGUUAAUGUGAUGUUGAACGUGCCUUAAUCACCCAAAUAUAAAUAAUAAAGACUUAAACACGUGUGUCUGAAUUUAGUGGUAGAUUUACUUAUUAUUUUAGUAUUAUUUUUUACUUCAUAAUAUUUUAUAAAAUAAUAAAAUAAUGACGACAUUCAACGUGUUUUUUAUCAUUAUGAUUAUUAUUAUUGUAUUUGUACCAAAACAUAACACUAAGCUUUAUAUUUAUAAUUAUAUAGAUAACUAUUCUAAGUUUAGAUUGUAAAGUUCCAGUUUCAAUCAAAAUCAAUUAUACAUUUUUUUUUUUUUUAUAUAUAAUAUUGUUUUGAAAUUAUAAUUUUUUUAUAAUACAAAUAAAUCAUUUUGUUUUAACUUUU